AUGCCACAGACAUGUUUCCAACGCGAGGACGUGGCGCCCCCUCGUGUCGGCCUGAUUGUUCAGCGACCCGAACGAAUCCGAAAGUUCUGUGCUGCAGACCUUCCUAAUGCAGCUUUCUCCAAGCAUCAAACACCCUACCACACCGUUUUCAUGCCCCAGUUCACCUGCCUGGUGGUGGUCUCUGCUGUGAUCAGCACCUUCCUGUCGGUCGUGCGGCCCACACUCAACGCCUACGGGCUCUACACUGUGUCUGUGCACAUCGUCUACAUGGUGUUCCAGGAGUACCACAAGACCAGCGACAGAGAGCUCCGGCAUUUCAUCGAGGUGUCCGUGGUCUUGUGGGUGCUGGCCGUGAGCUGCUGGGUCAGCGACCGCUUUCUCUGCGGUUUCUGGCAGGAGAUUAAUUUCUUCUACCUGCACAGCUUCUGGCAUGUCUUCAUCAGUUUCACGUUCCCUUACCUGAUGGUGUCCAUGGCCUUGGUGGAUGCCAGGUACGAGAUGCCGGAGCAGACCCUCAAAGUCCACUACUGGCCUCGGGACACCUGGCCCCUGGGCGUGCCCUACGUGGAACUGCAGGGCGAUCGCAAGAGCUGCUGAGGCCCGGCGGCCUCCUCGUCCAGCCUCACGCCGCCGGGCCUGUGUCUUGAGGAGUCAGGCAUGGCCCGGGACUCGAACCUGGGGGACACUGGCGGUUCCUUUCUCUGUCUCCCUUCCCCCUCCUUGUCCCUUGCUGCUGAGUGCCCAGGCAGGGGGAGGACUUGUGACACGUCCAAGCACAGUCUGAGGAUCCCGGGGCCUGGCAUGUCCACCCUCCAUGCCAUAUCCCUACCCUCUCUCACGUCCCUCUGUGUCCCGAGUGUCUUCACGGUCCUUGUCAUAAGACCUGGCCCGGCUGGGUCACUAGGAACUGGAGUGACAGGAUGGCGUGGCAUCUUCAAGGACUCACCCCAGACUGCAGCGUGUGUGCUGGGCACCGUGUGACUAGGGGCUACCCGGGCACAGUAAUGUCUGGUACUUGGGGGAGGUGUCCCAGAGGACGUGUCUUCUGGGGACCUCGUUCUGCACCCACACGGGCCUGUGGAGACCUUGCAGAUAAUGCCCACCUGUCCCUGCUGCCCUGCGGGGUCACUGCCGGGCAAUGGCUGAGAAUGUGGGGACAGACAGGAGCUAGGGCGGCCAGCGGUGGUUGGACGCAGGGGUGGGGUUGGUGCGGGUUACGGGGAGGUGGUUUCCGUGGUGGGUAAGAGCAUAGGGCUUGAGUCGGGCAGACCUCAGCUGGGUCCCUGCUCCACUUUUCUUUUUUUUGUUUUUUUAUUUAAUUUCUUUCUCCUUCUCUC